UCCCUCUCUAACCGACUUUAGAUCUCGCCGGGACACUUUAAAUGCUUAGGAAUCAUAUUUUUUCCUUCUCCCAUAACAAAGAGAGAGUAUAUUUUUAGAUGAUUAAAAAGAAAAAGAGCUGAAAGUCGAGGCUUUGAAAGCGAGUUUGCAAAAAUGGAAACCUGGCGGAAGGGGCCAUCCUCCGCCUGAAACUUCAAAUUUGCAAAAACUUCUCUGUUCGGGUUCCGCCAAUUGGACGCAAACGCUAGCCCUCCUCGAAACCCCCACCAUUGGCCUUCGCCCCAACAAUUAUAAUCACUAUUUUACCAUUUCCAUGUUUCCCUUUUUAACUUUCCCUCUCUUCUAGUUUAGAUUUUUUCCUUCUAUCCUCUUCUCUCGUCUUCUUCAGUCACUCGCUCACAUCCUCCAUUCAUCUCCAGGAGGUGGCUGGAUUUGAGCACUUCUGAUAAUGGACUUUGUAAACACAAAUUUGGAAUGUAGACCAUUGUCGAUCAAAUUGUGGCCUCCUAGUGACAAUACCCGGAAUAUGCUUGUGGAACGGAUGACAUCUAACCUUACCAGCAAAUCCUUUUUCACCCAAAAGUAUGGUACUCUAAGUAAGGAAGAGGCCACAGAUGAGUCGAAGAGAAUUGAAGACAUUGCUUUUGCUACAGCUAAUCAGAACUAUGAAAACCACCCUGAUGGUGAUGGAAGUGCUGCUGUGCAACUUUAUGCCAAGGAGUGUAGCAGGCUUCUUCUCGAGGUUCUUAAGAGGGGUCCUAGAGUCGAGGCAGACAAGGAGGAGGUUGGAUCUGAUAUCACUAGUCCUCCACGUGAAACCUUUUUCGACAUCUCGAAAGGUCGACGGGAGUUUAUUGAGGCGGAGGAAGCUGAAGAACUACUAAAUCCUUUGAAAGAGCCAGGGAAUUCUUAUACCAAGAUAUGUCUUAGCAACCGAAGCUUUGGUUUAGAAGCAGCUCGUGUUACUGAGCCCAUUCUUGUAUCCCUCAAGGAUCAGUUAAAAGAAGUGGACCUCUCUGAUUUUAUUGCAGGAAGAACAGAGUCAGAAGCUCUAGAAGUCAUGAAAUUGUUCUCAGAUGCUUUAGGAGGCAGCGUUUUGAGGUCUCUGAACCUCUCAAACAACGCCUUAGGUGAGAAAGGUGUUAGAGCUUUUGGCUCUCUCCUGAAAUCACAGACUUGUUUAGAGGAGCUAUACUUGAUGAAUGAUGGCAUUUCCAAGGAAGCUGCUCAGGCAGUGUCCGAGUUGAUUCCUUCAACGGAUAAGCUUAGAGUCCUUCAAUUUCAUAAUAACAUGACAGGCGAUGAAGGUGCUCUCGCCAUCGCUGAAAUCGUGAAGUGUUCUCCUCUGUUGGAAGAUUUCCGCUGCUCCUCUUCAAGGAUAGACUCAGAAGGGGGAGUUGCCUUAUGUAUAGCACUCGAGACUUGUACCAACUUGAAGAAACUUGAUCUUCGAGACAACAUGCUCGGAGUGGAAGGUGGAUUUGCUCUGAGCAAGUCCCUUGCAUACCAUGUAGAUCUCAAGGAGUUGUAUUUGAGCUACCUGAACUUGGAAGAUGAAGGUGCAAUUGCCAUAGCUAAUGCACUAAAGGACACAGCUCCUGCACUAGAAGUCUUGGAAAUGGCUGGUAAUGACAUAACAACUGAAGCUGCUUCUGUAUUAGCUGCUUGCAUAGCUAAAAAAUCCCAUCUUACCAGCUUGAAUCUGGCCGAGAAUGAACUGAAGGAUGAAGGAACUAUCCUGAUCAGUAAGGCACUAGAAGGUCACAUCAAAAUAAAAGAAGUUGAUAUGAGUACUAACUUAAUAAGGCGGGCAGGGGCUCGGGUUUUAGCUCAGACUAUGGUUCAGAAGCCUGGUUUUGUGCUGCUGAACAUCAAUGGAAAUUUCAUUUCUGAUGAAGGCAUUGAUGAGGUGAAAGAUAUUUUCAAGAAACAUCCGGAUAUGCUUGGGCCCUUGGAUGAAAAUGAUCCUGAGGGGGUAGAUGGCAAUGAGGACGAGGACGAGGACGAGGAUGAGGACAAGGAUCCCGUAGCAGACGAGAACGAUGAGGAUGAAUUGGGAUCAAAACUAAAGAACCUUGAAGUUGAUCAAGAGACCUAGAGGUUGGUUUAGGCCAUUUGCAAGAUGUGUCUCUUAAACUUUAGUGUUUGAAGAGGGGAAUCUGUUGUUUUAGUUUGGGACUUUUAUCUAAUUUAAGCAACCAGCAUGGUACGUACUAGAUGGUCUGUAGCCGUAGGUUUUAUUUGGUCUUUGCUUAGGCAUUGUGCUGUGUUCGUGUAGACCACUGAUGACAGGAACUUUUGCCAUGAACCGCAUCUCUAUAUCCCUUGUUUUCAUUGCCUCCCUUUUUCAGAGGAAUGGAUGAAGGAUGGAUCUUCCUCCCAAUUCAGUGGAGAUUAGCUUGGAAAGUUUGUUUAUAUUGAUUGGAGUGGAUGUUCUAUUACCUGUACUUCAAGUUACCAUAAAACUUGUUAAAAUAAAGCAGAUAGUUAUGUUC